GACUUGAUUUGCUUCACAAAGAAGGUAUCAAGUCCCUGUUUACUUCUUCUCUAACUUCCUACGAACUGACAAAAGAUAUUCCAGCCUCCUCCAUAAGCCUCCUAAGCCUCAGCUUGUAUAUGAUUUGAGUCAGAGCAUCACUUUUAACCAGUCGCUGCUAUGUCUUCCCAAAACCAGGAACCCCAAUUCAUAUAUGAUGCGUACAUUAGUUCCGGAUUGCAGUUCCCUCAUCCUUUUAUUUCAAGUCUCUAUGAUGCACUCAAAGGUGUUGGACUGUAUGUUUUAGCAGACCGCCCCGAGCCCAAUACUAAUAUAUAUGGCGCAAUGGAACGAUGCAGAGUUUCUAUCAUAGUUUUCACAAUAGAUUAUGCUGAAUCAACCUUGUACUUGCAAGAACUCGUGAAAAUAAUGGAGUGUCAUCGGAGGAAAGAUCAGAAUGUUGUGCCCGUGUUCUAUUGCUUGGAUCCCUCCGAAGUAUGCAAUCUGAGCGGUCAUUUUGGAGAGAUUUUGUCGCUAACUCUGCAAGGAAUCUCAAGGGAUGAAAACAGGAUGUUGAGUUAUGAGACCGCCCUUCGACAAGCUGCUUCCAUUUUACCCAGGUUUCUUCCAGAUAUCUGGAAUAACAGAGAAGUUAUGAGCCAUAUAGUUGGACAUGUUACAUCCUUGAUGGAUUCAACGAAAUUAUUCAUUGCAAAGCAUCCGGUGGGAGUAGACUCUCGUGUGCAAGAUUUGAUUCAACUCUUAAACAAUCAGAAAGCAGAUGGUGUCCCCAUAAUAGCAAUAUGGGGAAUGGCGGGAAUAGGUAAAACUACAAUUGCCAAAGCCCUCUACAAUCAAAUUAGCCACAAUUUCGAUGUGAGGAAAUUUGUCCCACACAUCCAGGAUAGGAAGGGGGAUGAUCCAAGAUGGUUGGCUUUCAAAUUUAUAGAAAAGAGGCUUCUUUUAUUUUUGAGAGACCAAGUUAAAACAAAAGCGCAUAACUUUGACUCAACAAGAAAUAUAUGGUGGGAAGGACUUCGUUGCUUAAAGGUACUUCUUGUAAUUGAUAAUGUGAGAAGUGAAAGAGAGCUGGAGGUUUUGCCAGUAACUAGUGAAUGCUUUGGUCCUGGGAGUAUAAUAAUCAUCACGACAAGGACUAAACAUGAUCGACUUCAAGAGAUUGGCGUUAAUCAUAUAUAUAGAGUGAAAGAAAUGGACUACAACGAAUGUGUUGAGCUUUUUAGUUGGAGCGCAUUCAACAAAGCCACUCCUGAAAGAAGUUUUUCUGGUCUUAUUAAUUAUGCAAUUGAAUAUUCUGAUGGACUGCCACUGGCUCUUGUGUGUGUUGGCUCUGCUGUAUCUGAAAAAAGUAUAGAAGAGUGGGAGAAUGUAUUGGACAGCUUCAAAAGAUUCCCCUUUCAAGAUGUAUGGCAGGUUUUAAAAGAAAACAUAGAUUCUGUUGGAUCUGAAGAAAAGAAAAUAUUCCUUGAACUAGCUUAUUUGAGACAUCUCUUUAUUGGAAUGAAUCGAAAUGAUAUAAGUCAGAUAUUACAAGAAGCUGGACGUAAUGCCGCACCAAGAGCAAUUAAAGGUCUUGAAGAGCAUAGUCUUGUAUGGUUUGAUGAGGACAAGCUUUGCAUGAAUCGUUUGCUACAAGACAUUGGAAGAGAAAUGUAUAUGAAGGAAUCCUCGAUUGAGCCUCAGCAAAGGCCAUAUGAUGUAUUCUUGAGCUUUCGAGGCAAAGAAACUCGCUCAAAGUUCAUCUCACAUCUUUAUGCAUCUCUUGAAAAUGCUGGUAUCUAUGUUUUCAAGGAUGAAAACGGGCUAGCAAGAGGGGAAAGUCUCUCACUCUCGCUUCUGAAAGCAAUUGGAGAGUCUAAAACUUCUAUCAUUAUUUUGUCACCAAAUUAUGCAUUUUCAAGAUGGUGUUUGCAAGAGUUGGAAGACAUCAUGAUAUGUUGUAAAAACAAAACUCAAAAGGUGCUGCCAGUAUUCUACCAUACAGAUCCCUCGGAAGUGCGAAAUCAGACUGGUAAGUUUGGACAAGCUUUUGAUAAUCUUAUGAGAAGAUACCCGCAUAAAAUAAAAGGCAAGGAGCAGAGUUGGAGGAAAGCACUCCGUGAAGUUGGGUGCAUUGCAGGGUUUGUCAUCCGAAAAUCCAAGAAUGAAAGUGAGGAUAUUAAGAACAUUGUUGAACAAGUUACUCAUAUGCUGGAAAUGAAGGAAUUGUUCGUUGCUAAUCAUCCCGUAGGAGUUGAAUCUAGUGUUGAAGAGGUGAUUCAACUAUUAAAAGACCAGCAACAAGAAAAUCCUCUACUACUUGGUAUAUGGGGCAUGGGAGGGAGUGGUAAAACAACCAUUGCCAAAGCGGUUUAUAAUAAAAUUUUCCGUGAGUUUGAAGGUCGGUGUUUCCUCCUAAAUAUAAGAGAAGUUUGGGAUCAAGAUAAUGGAAUUCUUCAUUUACAUCAACAACUUCUUUCUGCUAUCUACAAGACAACGAAAAUAAAGAUUGAAAACACUGAAUCUGGAAAAUCAAUAUUAGAGAGAAGACUUGGCCAGAAAAGGAUACUUCUUGUACUUGAUGAUGUGGACAAAUUGGAGCAACUAAAUUCCUUAGCUGCAAGUCAUAAAUGGUUCUGUCCUGGGAGCACAAUAAUCAUCACAACAAGAGAUGAACAUCUUCUUCGUUGUCUUAGAGUUGAUAAGUUAUAUAGUAUGAAAGAGUUAAAUGACAAAGAAUCCAUUGAACUUUUUAGCUGGCAUGCAUUCAAAGAACCGUAUCCAAAAGAGGAGUUCGAUUCACUUGCUAAUGAAGUUAUUUCAUAUUGUGAGAGAUUGCCACUGGCUCUUGAGGUAAUUGGGUCACAUCUGUUUAAUAGGGAAGUAUAUGAAUGGAGGAGUGUUUUGAAUAAACUCAAAACUAUUCCAAACAAUGAUGUACAGAAGAAGCUUAAAAUAAGUUUUGAUGGUCUAAGUGAUGAUAGGGACAGAGAAAUAUUUCUUGAUGUAGCAUUUUUCUUUAUUGGAAUGGACACAAAUGAUGUAUCUGAUAUAUUAAAUGGCUGCGGGCAUUCAGCUGACAUUGGAAUAAAUGUUCUUAUGGAACGAUGCCUUAUUACUGUGGACACAAAGGGAAAACUUGGCAUGCAUGGUUUGCUGCGAGACAUGGGAAGAGAAAUUAUUCGCGAGAGUUUGCCAAUGAAACCUGAGGAACGUAGUAGGUUGUGGAAUCCAGAUGAAGUGCUUAAUGUAUUAUCAAAAGAGAUGGGAACAAAAGGUAUUGAGGGACUUGCUUUGAACCUGCCAAAGUCAUUGAAUCCAACUCAGUUAAAGACAGAAGCAUUUAAGGAGAUGAAGAGACUGAGAUUGCUUCAGUUUGCAAAUGUGCAACUUGUUGGAGACUUUAAAUACCUUUCAACAGAUCUUCGAUGGUUGUGCUGGCAUGAAUGUCCUCCAGAAUAUACAACUGCAAACUUUUAUCAAGGAAAUUUAGUUGCCAUUGACUUCAAAUAUAGCAAACUCGACCUAGUAUGGAAGAAGGGUCAGAUGAUGAAGAAUCUAAAAAUUCUCAAUCUUAGUCAUUCUCAACACUUGACACAAACUCCUGACUUUUCAAAAUGCCCAAAGUUGACUUCGGUUUCUCUUACCAUUGAACAUCUCAAGAAAGUUCUUCUAAUCAAUUUGAAAGGGUGUUCAGGGCUUCGUGUACUUCCAAGAAGCAUCUACAAGUUGAAAUCUCUCAAAACUCUCAUUCUUUCAGGAUGUUCAUUGAUUGAUAAGUUAGAGGAGGACAUAGAACAAAUGGAAUCAUUGGCAACUUUGAUGGCAGAUAAAACUGCCAUAACACAAGUGCCUCAUGCACUACUAAGAUUAAAGAGUAUUGUGUAUAUUUCCUUGUGCAACUUUGAAGGAUUAUCGCGCAAUGUGUUUCCUUCAAUCAUUUGGUCAUGGACCUCUCCAACAAAUAAUUUCUCACCCCAAGUGCAAACACUUUUGGACUUGUCAAAUGUUGUUUCCUUAAUAGUCCCAAAUAGAAAUUCUCAAGGCCUAUCAUCCAUUAUCAGAGGGCUUCCACAGGUUCAAAAUGUUAGGAUGGAGUGUGGCUCACAACUCCAAAUAACAGGAGAUGUAGCUUCAGAUACUUGUAAUGUCACAAACUGCAAUGAAAUGAUAGUAUCAUCAUGUGCAUCAUCAGUUGGUUGUUGCAGUGAAGGUGAUGUUACUGAAUCAGAAAAUUCCUUGAAUUCAAUUUUAAUCCAAAUGGGAAUGAAUUGUUCUGUCACAAAGAUACUCAGAGAGAAUAUUUUGCAGAAUUUUAAUGCCAGAGUACCUGGAGAGUGUUUGCUUCCUGGCAAUAAGAAUCCUGAUUGGUUAACAUUCAGUGGAGAAGGUUCUUCUGUAAUUUUUGAUGUCCCACAUGUGAAUGGAUGCAAGUUAAAAACAAUGAUGUUGUGUGUCUCCUACUCUUCAUCUCCAAACAUCAAAGCAUCUGAAGGCGAUAUUAUUAAAAAUCUGUUUAUCAUAAAUCUCACAAAGACCACUCAUUAUCUCUACGAUGGAGAUACAUUGGCUUCACUUAGAGAAGAGGAAUGGCAUAAAAUGAUUUCAAACCUUGAAGCUGGAGACAAAGUACAGAUUGUUGUUGUUGCUAGGAUAGGAAUCAUAGUGAAGAAGAUAACAGUUUAUCUCAUAUAUGGUGAACCAAUUGAUAUUGUUUGUGGUGAUGAUAUGGUAGCAGAUGGAAAUGUCACUGUUCAUGGUGGAGAUGAAAAAAAAAAUUCGAAGUCACUUGGAAAACGAAAACUCCAGAGAGUGUGAUCACCAAAGAGUAUUGUGUGACUUGUCAAUUUGAGUUGAAAUUGUGGGUAAGUGUAGGCUAAGAAAG